AUGCGUAUGGCGGUUCAUCGGAUCGUGCUGGCGUAUAGACGUCACGCAUUGCGUUUGUACCUCACUAAACUGCUAAACAUAUUCCAAAAUAGCGAAGAACUGAACGUUCACAUAGCGAAAGAUCUCGAAUGUCAGUUGGGAUCGAAGCGCCGUUGCCUGAGCGUUAAAUACGACCACAACACGAUAGGACCCGUUUUCAAGAAACGCGGUCGCGGUCAGAUAGAACUUCUAUUGCCGGUUCGCGCCUGA